AUGGGUUGUAGACACUCGAAAACGAAACGGGUGGGUCAUCCAAACCCCAUCCACGGUUCAUUCACGGAAGCGGAGUCAAACAAAAAAGGCAGAAGCAGGUUUAGAAGUCAUGAUAAUAAUAAAUAUAUGAAUAAUAAUAAUAAUACUAAUAAUAAUAAUAAUAACAAUAGUAAUAUGAAUAAGAAAACAAGAAGGCAUGAUGAGGAUUUGGACGAUGGUGAUGAAAUUCUCCCCUUCUCUCCAUCUCCCUCACUUCGCCAAUGGUAUGAUGCCCAGGUGGAGGAUGUGCAAAAACUAUUCCACGCCCCAACAGGUGGACACGAUAAACCAAUGAGUACAACGCCUCUGAAAGCCUCUGGUAGUUGGGGAGGGGGCGGUGGUGGUGGUGGGAAUAGUAGUAGUAAUAAUAAUUUCAAUAAGAAGAAGGGAUUAAAUAAAGGUGAAGUCUCCCUUAAACCAGGUGUACUCACUCUCUAUCAUGUAGCCCCACUUAAACAUAUCAUUGGAAGAGGAUAUUAUAGUGAAGUUAUGUUAGCAGAUAUGACGAUACACACUACUACCACAAAGACGAAUGCAAUUCCAGAAGAAUCGGAACAAGUAAAACAAAAGAAUAAAUCGGGUAAAUGUAAGUCAUCUGUUUUGGUAAGGAACCCGAGUAUUACUUCUGGAAGGGAAAGUGUCACUAUAGCUCCACCAACACGAUAUCUUAUUGCAUGUAAGGAGUAUACAUUAAGAGGAGAAAAUGCCAAUUUUAUGUAUAAAAAACUCCGGGAAGAAGUACAACGACUUACUCGCCUUGGAUUUAGUUCCCGACUCUUAAAAGUACUACAAAUGGAAAGUGUAUAUGAUGAUCCUAAAGAAACUGGUGAGGAUGCUAUUAUCAUUCCAGAUGUACCGGAUUUAAUAACACCGGAUUCUCCCAGUGCGACUAUUAAUACCAAUACGAGUACGAAUAUCAAUACAACACCUGCCGCUAUUUCAUUCUCCACCACAAUUCCUCCACCGCCUGCAGUCUCCGCAACUGUGGCGGCAGCAGCAGCGGCAGCGGCAGCGGCGGGUCUUAAUGGGGAAACAGGAAGUGGAACCGGUAAUAGUAGUUUCUUUGGAUCUAAACAACAGAUACAAAAGACAAAUGAUCGAUCUGGAGGAGCAUCACGACAUCGUGCACCUAAUAAAGUUCGUAUUUAUAUGGAAUACGCUAGAUAUGGUACACUUCGUAAUAUGUUAUUAACAGAAAUUCCAGAAAGAUUUGGAAGAACUUAUAUGCAUGAACUUAUGGUUCGUGCAUAUAUGAGAGAUGUCCUUGUUGCAUUGGCUUUCCUACAUGAAAAUAAUGUGAUACAUACCGAUUUGUGUGCUAAGAAUGUAUAUCUUGUAAAUCAUAUUCAAAAUGUAUAUUCUACAUGCUUCCCUGCAUACAUCGCUGAUAUUCCUGCUGGGAAGUUUUCAAAGGUACCAACGCAUUGUGUUCGUCGUGUAUUGGCACUUAUGGAUCCUGCAAGUAUGCAUUUACACUAUCACACAGAUAUUACAGGUCAUUUAUUAAAUGAUAGUGUUAUCUCAAAUGCAGGAUGGAACCCACAAGAAAAGGCAAUGAAACAAAAUGCUGCAAAUGAAGGAGAUGCUCCUUUGUUAGGGCAAACAACAGUAACAAUUGGGAAUACCUUUAAUACUAUUACUAAUAAUAACAAUAAUAGUCACAUUAUUAAUACCACCAAUGAAAACAAUGACAACAAUAUUAGCAAAGCCACCUUUAAUGUUCCAGAUAAUAAUGAGAACAAUGAAAUGGGAUGUCAUUGGGUGGAUGAGGAUGUUAAAUUGUAUUUACGUGAAAAUGCCUAUAACAAUAAUGAAGAUAUUCCACUUCCAUCUCCACUUUCAAGUGUAGAUCAUGUUAAUGUCUUCAAAACUCCUAAUAUGGAGGGAGUAACAAUCGUACGAGGCGGUUCCUUUGCUGGUCCAUCCCAAAUGCCAGUAUUUCCACCUGUGUUGCUUAGUGGAAUGCCAUCAGGCGAAUAUGUCCGUCAUGGCACCAACGCUAUAAGGAAGGAUACAUCCAACAAUAAUAGUACUAGCAUGACCUGUAAUAAUAAUAAUAAUAAUAAUAAUAAUAAUAAUAAUAAUAAUAAUAAUAAUAAUAAUAAUAACGAAAAUAGUUUUAUGAACAAUGACUCCAAAUUUGAUAUGUAUCAGAAUGAAGAAAGCAGCGUACGCCGCUAUAGUGCAGAAUUAACCGCGCUAAAUAGCACACAAACGGAUCAAGCAGAAAAUAGUAUAACUCAUUACCCGGCGGGGCGGCGCCGUUGCAAGCCGCUUAUUAAAUUAGGCCACUACGGCCGCAUACGAUCUCUUCUCGUUGGUGAGGGUGAUGAUACGGUGAGUCGUGAUAAAGUCCAUCGACUCGGCCGCGUAACGCAUCUCGCCCCUGAACUCUACAGUGGUGGCAGCUUUAGUCCUGGUAGUGAUAUCUACGCCUUUGCGAUGAUGUUCAUUGAGUUAUCCACGCCGCUUGGUGGUGUCUUUGCGGAUCUUCGCCCCGCCACGCUCGCCGUCCCCCGCACUCGGCAGGAAAAAGACGCCUUCGACGCCGAGUGGCUCGCCAACAUCAAGGCGUAUUUGCUCCAGCACGAUUACACCGUCCCUCUCCCACCGCAUCUCUCCGCGGAGUGUCAGUCGAUGCUGCGGAAGUGUUUGCGAUAUGAUCCCGCGCGGCGGCCAACGGCGGUGGAGUUGUUGCAGUCGAAAUAUUUUCUCUUCGGCCACUGGGCAAAAGAGGCGACGGCGAGCGGGGCGAUGGAGGCGCCGUGGCUCGACACAAACUACGAGGCCGCCGCGCAGGCCUCCGGACUCCCACGACUGCCAUCCGACACGAAACUGUACGAUACGGAGACCAUGCUGAGAGCCGCAGCCGCAAUGAAGAGUCAAGAGGCAACGAAGGCAGGCGUGUGA